AUGGCCAACCGCGGAGCUUCCCUGGAUCCUCAUGUCUUCACGAUCGCUGACUUGAAGGAGGCCAGCUCGAAAAAGAUGGAAAAGUCGCACCGAGAUUUUGUCAAUGAAGGGGCCAUGGACUUGAUUACGUUGCGCGACAACGAAGAGGCCUACAACCGCUACAAAAUUCGGCCUCGGGUUAUGAUGAACGUGUCGAAUAUCGACAUGACUACGACCAUUUGGGGCAGGAAUGUUGCAUUCCCCUUCGGCUUCGCGCCCGCGGCUUUCCACAAACUGGCCCAUCCGGAUGGCGAGGUAGGGACGUCACGCGCGGCGGCAAAGCUGAACGUCGCCAUGGGUCUGUCCAACUAUGCGACCUGUUCGCUCGAAGACGUGGUUGCUCAGCGCCUCCAAAACCCCUACGCCAUGCAGCUGACGAUGGUGAGGAAUCGAGAUGUCACCUUGAAGACCAUCAGGCGCGCCGAAAAGGCCGGAUACGAUGCCAUUAUUCUCUCCGUAGAUGCUCCAAUGCUGGGGAUGCGCCUCAACGAAUACCGCAACUCGUUUGCCAUGCCCGAGGGCGUGACCUGCCCAAACAUCGAGGCAAAGGACUCGGACUCGAUGAAUGGGGGCAACCGGGACCUAGAAUACGAGGACAAUCUCGAAUGGACCAAUAUAAUCCCCUGGAUGAGGGCCAACACCAAGCUCCAGAUCUGGAUCAAGGGCUUGCAUACGAGAGAAGACGUAGUCCUGGCGAUCCGGCACGGCCUGGACGGCGUCAUCAUCUCCAACACCGGCGGGAGGCAGUUGGACGGCGUGCCCGCGACGCUGGAUUCCUUACGCGAAUGUGCGCCCGCCGCGGCGGGCAAGAUCAAGAUCGCCGUGGAUGGCGGCAUCCGGCGAGGGAGCGACAUCUUUAAGGCUCUGGCGCUCGGCGCGGAUUUCUGCUUUGCCGGGCGUAUUCCCUUCUGGGGACUGACGUACAAGGGCCAAGAAGGCGUCGAGCUGGCGCUGAGGCUCCUGAUGAACGAGUUCAAAUUGACUAUGUCGCUGGCAGGAUGUAAGAGCGUGAGUGAGAUCAAUAGGGGCCACCUGGCUCUUCUACGACCCGACGGCGUCCUUGCCAAACUGUAG